AGGGGAAAAAGUGAUAAGCAGUAAUCAGCUUCUGGGUUUUGCUUUCAAGCGGACUCCUGCUGAAUCGGACUGAGGGAGUGUGUAGAUGUGUGUGCUUGUGUAGCAACACAGCGUCAACUCUGAACAAAAAGGCUCAACACAGCUGAGCCACAGGAGGGGGAACUCAGGGAUAGAAGAAGGCAGAGUGGCUCAGCGUGACUGCACUUCUCAAGGGAGGAACUCGACCUGACAUUUAGCCCUCCCGGUGCUGCAGUGGAGACAGGGCAGCACACUAGACUUGUCAGGGCAGAGGAACACACCCUUUUUUUGUGUGUCUGGUGUUUAUCAGUCACUCGUCUCAGCUUCUGUCAUCCACGCCUGUAAGACCUGCACCUGCUACUUGGCCUUCCAAGAUGUCAGAUGAUGGUUGCCGCUCGCCCAUCGGCUUGGACUGCUGCAGCUGCUGCCUGGACCUGGCAAACGGCUGCGAUGACUCGCUGUCCAGCAGCCCAUCUCAGGGCCUGGGUACCGCAGGCGGCAUGCCGGCCAGCCCAACCAGCCCCAGUGUGAGCCACUUCCGCCAGCUCCGGAACCAGUUGGUGUACCAGAACUUGAACACAGACAAGCUGAACAACAUCAUGAGGCAGGACUCGCUGGACUCGGUAGUGAGAGACCCCUGCUUCCUGCUCAAUGAGGGGAUCUGCAACAGCAACAUUGACCAGACCAUGCUGUCCAUUCUGCUUUUCUUUCACAGUGCCUCUGGUGCUAGCGUGGUGGCUAUUGACAACAAGAUCGAGCAGGCCAUGGAUCUGGUCAAGAACCACCUGAUGUAUGCGGUUAGAGAGGAGGUGGAGAUCCUCAAGGAGCAGAUCAAGGAGCUGGCGGAGAAGAACAACCAGCUGGAGAGGGAGAACUUCCUGCUCAAGAACUUGGCCAGCCCCGAGCAGCUGGAGAAGUUCCAGUCUCGCAUCCCGUCGGACGCGCUCUCGCCCCUGGACAAUCAGGUGUCUCCGGAGCUGCAGGGCUGCCACCGCGGUGCCGGCUCUGCCGUGUAAGUGGCUCUGUCUUGGGGCGGGCAGAGCCACGCCAACUCUCUCUUCAACAAUGGACCUCCAUUUGAACGUAACUGAAAUCAACGCCGCAGAGAAGCCUUCGGUUCGGAGCGAAGGUGGAGCACCCGCGGCCACGCUCGUGAUCGUUGGGACUCAAACGAACUGUUGACACCGAGCACAAACCAGAACUUGAGAUGCUCUGACCGGUGCCACGUCAGGCCCAUCCUCUGAUACCGUCCAGCUCUUUGUCAUAGUCUCUUUGUAGAUGCAAGUGUUAAGAGUAGAUGGGUAUGAUGGGUAUGUGGGGGGGGGGUCAGACCCCUUCUGUAGAAAUGCCCCUCGCUCUGUGGAGACGGGCCGCUGACCGGACUGGCCCUCCAUGGGCCAACUCUGCAAUCGCGGGGACUUUGUAUUGCCCCUCUUUGUGACAGGAGGAAGAAGGUGCUCCAACUCUCCCAUCAUGUGGACUCGUCUCAUCUGAAAGUUUCAAGGACUUCCAGCCACACAUUUCAGUCACCAAACGAAGACUUUUCCUGCACCUAAAAGCGUAUUUCUGUGUCCAUGUACAUUAGACAUAACCAUAAUUAACAGGAUAAGCUACAGUCAGAGGUGGAGGUUCAUGCGAUGUAGUAUAGAGCCGUUAACCUGCUGCAGGACACUGCAAUGACUCCCAUCACCUGUAAUCUGGUUCUGUUUGCAGUUGGGGCUUGUUGCUUUUGGGGAAACAUGAGUACUGCGAUUUAUUUUUUUAUUUUUUGUGUUUUGAUUAUGAUUCUGAAAAAAAAAAUCUGUUUUUAUUCUAACAAGUUGGGCCAAGUUAUUUGCCUGAUGCAUAGGACAGUUGUAGUGUACAUGCGUCUGAAAUGUCCAGAGGUAAACUCAGCGAAGAUGGUUUGCAAGCACAUGCACUCCUGAUUCUUUUAGCAGUAACCUUUAGGUCUGGUAUUUCUGUUUGCUCAGAUGCCAACUCAACAACGGCAUGACAACAGUGCCUGUAAGAAACUCAUGUUUGGGCUUUUUUUUUUUUUUCCUUUUCAAGCUACCAAAGACUUAGCUUUGCUUUUUUUUAUUUUUAUACGGCCACAGAAGCUGAACAAACAUGAACUAUGUUCUGUAAAAUGAAAAAAACAAAAAGAGAAUCACAGGGAAGUCUUGCGUUGAGCUUGUCCUUCAGUGUCUGUUUUUGUAAAGGUAAUGUUGCUUUUUAAGUAUCCUGAAAACAGUUUUUCACUACUGUAUAGUGUUUGGAUACGACUGCACAUUAGCAAUAAACCUUAUGUUUACAUAAUGAA